GUGUUUCUGCCCUUUUUCUUCUCCCCUGCAGCCGGCAAGAGCCCCAGCCACCGCCACCCAUUUCCGGCCAGAAACAUCGAUAAAGCUUGGGGAUUUCUCCCCAUUUUCUUGUUCUAGAACACCUAUUAAACCCAGAAUUUCUAGAUCUGUUCUGCUCUGCGUCUUCCUCCCUUUGCUGUCCGUGAAUUGUUGGUGGGUGGGUGGCGAAAUUUUCAGGUUUUCUGGCCGUGAGCUUCCUCUCCAAAAUCUCGUCAGCUUCCAUGUUCGCCGGACCCGACUUUUGCUUGCCGGAAAAUUCUGGUAGUGUGACCCAAGUCAAGAAAACCAAGGGGAGUGACGAGGUAGAAGGCUAGCCAUUCUAAUUGUAUAUAAGUUUUAGAUUUUAUUAUCAUUUUGUAAGGUAGAUUUUAUUCUUGAGAUUUUGUGAUUUGAAUAAGUUCCGAGCCUUGUGCAUUCGUGGGACCCGUCUCACGAGUACACGGCGUCUGCCACGUCCCCGGAUUUGGGUUCUGGGGCGUGACAAAGGUGGAGAGAAGGUGAAGGGCUAAGGCGGCCACGGUAAGGGGGUCGAGCAUUUCAUAGUCUGCCAUGGCUGCCUAGUCGCUUCUGGGUCAAUGUGGGAGAGGUGAAUAUUAGGAAGCAAGUGUUGAUUCUUUUUCUGAGUUUUGAACUUUGGGUUGGUGAAAGGUGAUGGAAGCAAUUAUACGUUAGGUUCAUUGCGAACCUAGAAAUUUGGGUAUUUUUCAUUGUUCUAAGAUGCGAUGCGGUCUUCAUCUCUUCUUCUUCCUGAGAUGUGAUCAUCAUUUAGGAUGUGACUUUCUAAGAUGCGAUCUUCAUCUUAUCUUUUGCAAGAUGCGGUAUUCAUCUAUUCUUCUUUUUGAGAUGGGAUUGUCAUCUAGGAUAUGACUUUUUAAGAUGCGGUCUUCAUCUUAUCUUUUGUGAGAUGCCAUCUUCAUCUCUUUUCCUUCUUGAGAUGUGGUCUUCACUUAGGAUGUGACUUCUAAUAUGCGAUCUGUAUCUUAUCUUUUGCGAGAUGUAGACUUCAUCUCUUCUUCUUCCUAAGAUGCAGACUUCAUCUAGGAUAUGACUUUUAAGAUGCGAUCUUCAUCUAGGAUGUGACUUUUAAGAUGCGAUCUUCAUCUUAUCUUUUGCGAGAUGUAAUCUUCAUCUCUUCUUCUUCUUGGGAUGCGGUCUUCAUCUUAUCUUCUACGAGAUGCGGUCUUCAACUAGGAUGUGGCUUUUAAGAUGUGAACUUCAUCUUAUCUUUUACGAUAUGCGAACUUCAUCUUAUCUUUUAUGAGAUGCAGUCUUCAUCUCAUUUUCUGCAAGAUGUGGUCUUCAUCUUUUCUUCUUCUUGAGAUGUGGUCUUCAUCUUUUCUUCUUCUUGAGUUGUGGUCUUCAUUUUAUCUUUUGCGAGAUGCAGUUUUCAUCUCUUCUUCUUCAUAAGCUGCAGUCUUAAUUUAAGAUGUGACUUCUAAGAUGUUGUUUUCAAUUUAUCUUUUAUGAGAUGCAGUCUUUGUCUCUUCUUUUUCUUGAGAUGCGGUCCUCAUCUAGAAUGUGAUUUCUAAGAUGUAGUCUUCGUUUCUUUGACAAUGAUCUUAAAUCGAAUUAGUAUUUCUUCAAACCUCAAUAAUUUGUGCCUCUUGCC